CAAGUUCUGGAGAUGUGAACCAACAUGCCAUGAAUAGAAGUUCUGAAGAUGUGAACCAACAUGCGACAGAUAAACGUUUUGAGAACCAACCAGUAUCACCUUUCCGCUUGUUUAUCGAGAGCUUUUUCAAGACCUGCAAUGGUGGAAAUAUGAUUGAAAUUGAUAGGAAAGGGUUUGAGAUCUGGAAAAACAUGUCCAAGGAGGAAAGGAAACCGUAUGUUCUUCAAGCUGCAAAACUAGAAUCUGCAUACCAACAAGCUUUGGAUAAAGAGGCUAAUGAUAUGAUACAGGUGGAUGAUGAGGCUGAUUCAGCGAUGGUUGGGAAGAUUGAUAAGUUUUACCAGUUCUGUUGUGACGAACCAUCAGAUUACUCCGAAUACUACUCAGAAGACUCAGAUGUCUGCUUUACAUUGGAGGAAUAAGGGAUCAUGGAUUUUCGAGGAGAUAUCUCAGUAAACUCGGAGACA